UUGCUCAUUCACAGGAUGAUUCUGCACUCAAUUCACGUCAUCGUAUUACUGUGGGCUUUGUGCCCCAGUAUGCAGAGCCGUUGCCGUUAUUCAUCAGAGAGAGGCAAACUCAAUCUUUCUGUCACUUAUGAGCUCCCAGUCUUUGAAGCAGACUUCUCAAUCCAGAACAUGGUGGUGCUUGAUGGGAUCAUCUAUGUGGGUGCUGUCAACAGAAUUUAUGCUUUGGCCCCAAACCUUACCAAGCUUUCAGAGUACCACACAGGACCACUGCUUGCCAAUGAGACCUGUGGUCAGAUAAGAACAAACAGCAGUGGAACAGUUGAUAACCAUAACAUUGCUUUAGUGGUGGAGAACAUUUAUGACAAAGGGUUGUACAGUUGCGGCUCAGCAGAUAAUGGCAUGUGCCGGCGUCAUGUUCUUAAUGAAGACGAUAUGCCAAAAACUGUGAAUGACCACGUCUAUUGCUUUGCCGACAAAGUAAGCCCAGGUGUGGGUCAGCCUAGUGACUCAGAUGUUGUCGUGAGCCCAUCGGGCUCUCAGGUGCUCAAUGUCGAGAGCAAUCUCAUCAAUUUCUUUGUUGGAAACUCAGAGAUACCAGGCGCAGGAAAUUUUUCAGGCAAAUCAACACACCCCCACACAAUCUCUCAGCGGAAGAUGAAGACGAGCCAGAACGGCUUCACUUUCUUCUCAAACCUUUCACACAUGGACCUGAUUGCAUCCCUCCAUGGAAACUACUACCUGCACUACAUUCACUCCUUCCACAGAGGGCCCUUCACUUAUUUCCUCACGGUGCAGCAGGUGAGCAGGGACUCUCAGGCUUACCACACCCGUAUAGUCCGCAUGUGCUCCUCGGAUCUCGUAAUCCGUCGCUACGUGGAAAUGCCCCUCGAAUGCAUUAGCACCAACAAGAGGCGACGACGUUCUGUUGAACAUGUGAAGCGGUUCAACAUUCUUCAGGCUGCUCACGUCACCAAAGUGGGCAACGAUGUGGAGCUGCUGAAGCAGCUGAAAGUGGACGAGGAUGACGACAUGCUGUUUUUGGCCUUUGCUCGAGGGAAACCCAAUUCUCCAGAGCCAACCCCUGACUCGGCCGUCUGCGCCAUGUCUUUGAAACACAUCAACAACAUGUUCAAGAUGUACAUGCAGAGUUGCAGCACAGUGGAAUUAUAUCACUUCACUGGAUCAGACAAGAAGUCCUGCUACAACAUGAGUUCUUCAGAUGACUGUGACCCCCAUGAAGGAAUCCAUGAGGGGAAAGAGGGCAUGUAUCGUCUGCAGGUGACUCAGUUUUUCCAGAGGUUGGAGUUCUUCCACAAAGACCUGGCAAACAUUUUGGUUACCUCAAUCACCGUGGUUCCAGUCCGUGGCCGCACUGUAGCAUACCUAGGAACAGCAGACGGACGUCACAUACAGGUGCAGUUCUCCCGAUUUAGCUCUCCCCAUGUGAAUAUCCAACUGGACCCACGACCUGUGUCUGCCAGUGUGGUGUUACUUGAUUCUACACAAAGGGAUGGAGCCCUGCUAAUGGCCACAGGAAACAAGAUCAGUAAAAUACCACUCAUUGGCCCUGGCUGUGAUCAGCUGACCAGCUGUCCAUCGUGUUUGCUGUCAUCAAGGGUGACAGGGUGUGGUUGGUGUGAUGGACGAUGCACCAGAAAGCAUCAGUGUCCCUCCUCCUCUGAGUGGACUCAAGACUACUGCACACCCGUCAUCACAACAGUGUUUCCAACCUCUGGACCAGUCAGAGGGUCUACUGUGUUGAUGAUUUGUGGACGCAACUUUGGCUUCGACAAGACAGAGAACUUCAAGGCCUCACUCGUCUCAGUAGAAGUGGCAGGAGCCCCUUGCAAAUUGCUAAAAGAUAAUAUCAACAAAUGGACUGAGAUCCAGUGUUCCCCGGUCUUCAGUGGGAACUUCACCCCGUCCGGACAUACAGUGAAGGUCACCAGUGGUCACAAAGAAGAAGAGAUAGAAGGUUUCACAUUUGUGGAACCGAAAAUAAAAGAAAUCUUUCCAACUUUUGGGCCAAAAUCUGGAAAUACCAUGUUGACCAUUCGAGGAUCCUUCCUAGAUGCCGGAAACAAACAAGAGGUGACUGUAGGAAAGUCCAUCUGUAAGAUCCAGAGCUUGUCAUCUACCAUGCUGAUCUGUAAGACGCCGCCACAAGCUGUUCUCUCAGAGCAGCCUGUAAAGCUAACUGUGGACUCAGUUGAAUGCCCUGCCCCCAUGAUGUUCACCUACAACCAAGAUCCUAUCAUCAACAGCAUCCAGCCCUCACGGUCCUUUGUGAGUGGAGGUUGCACUGUAUCUGCUCAUGGCUUCUUCCUUCAAUCUGGCCUACAGCCUCUGAUGGUUCUCAGCACCGGUCAGGAUGCUGCAGUCUUCCAUGUGAUCUGUGUCUAUGGUGAAAAUCGGACCUCCAUCCAGUGUACCACACCAUCCCUGGCAAAGCUGGCCUUGCAGCCUCCGGUGGUCACCAAGGACCCAAAGCUCACCUCCAAGGACAACAAGAGUAUUGUGGAGCUCAAAGGUGAUCGGAUGGACAAGGAGGCAAUGAAGUGUCAGGUCCUGACCGUUUCCAACCACAGCUGUGAAAGUCUGAUUCUGGUUGAAAACACCCUUGAGUGUACUGUUCCCACUGAGUUGCAAAUGACCACUGCCACGGAGCUGCAGGUGGAGUGGCGCCAGGCUGACUCUAUCAGGCAUCUGGGCAAAGUGACACUGGCGCAGGAGCAGGACUACACAGGCCUUAUCGUGGGUUGCGUGUGUGUUAGCUUGCUGCUGCUGCUACUGGGGACGCUGCUGAUGUGGACAAGAAACAAACACAUUGAUGAUCUGUCUGAAGUGUGGUAUGAUGGCCGGGGUCACAUCCAGCAUCUGGACAGGCUGGCCAACGCAAGGAGCGUCAGCCCCACUAAUGAAAUGGUGUCCCAUGAGUCAGUCGACUAUAGAACAACCCUGCUGGAGGAUCAGGGUGCUGAUAGGCCCGAGACAUGUCGGGGUGCUCCUCCUGUCUAUGGGGGCAAUGGGGAGCUGCUGUCACCAAGACAGGGGGCUCUGAGAGACUUGCUGACUGAGGUGCAGCACGUGAUGAUUACCAGGGAACAACUGCUAGUCCACCUAAACCAGGUCAUCGGCAGAGGCCACUUCGGCUGUGUUUUCCAUGGAACGUUGCUUGAGCAAGAUGGGCAGAAGCAGCACUGUGCCGUCAAGUCCCUAAACCGUAUCACAGACUUGGAAGAAGUGUCCCAGUUCCUGAAGGAGGGUAUCAUCAUGAAGGACUUCAGUCACCCCAAUGUCCUCUCUCUUUUGGGCAUCUGUCUUCCACCAGAGGGUUCCCCGCUGGUGGUUCUGCCCUACAUGAAACAUGGCGACCUGCGCAAUUUCAUUCGCGACGAGGGGCAUAACCCAACGGUUAAGGAUCUGAUGGGCUUCGGGCUGCAGGUUGCCAGAGGGAUGGAGUAUCUAGCCAGCAAGAAGUUUGUCCAUCGAGAUCUUGCUGCCAGGAACUGCAUGCUAGAUGAGAACUACACUGUAAAGGUGGCAGAUUUUGGCCUUGCUCGGGACGUUUACGACAAAGAAUAUUACAGUGUCCACAACAAGAGUGGAGUAAAGCUACCUGUCAAAUGGAUGGCUCUGGAGAGUCUCCAAACCCACAAAUUCACCACCAAGUCAGAUGUGUGGUCGUUUGGUGUGUUACUAUGGGAACUGAUGACCCGUGGAGCCCCCCCAUAUUCUGAUGUGAACUCCUUCGACAUCACCGUGUUCCUCCUACAGGGGAGAAGGCUCCUGCAGCCAGAGUUUUGCCCCGACUCUCUAUACACAGUGAUGAUCAAAUGCUGGCAUCCAAAGCCACAGCAGCGGCCCUCCUUCGCUGAGUUGGUGUCCCAAAUCUCCAGCAUUUUCUCUGGCUUCAGCGGAGAGCACUAUGUCCUUCUCAAUACAACAUACGUUAACAUUGACAAGAUGAGCCCUUACCCUUCCCUCCUUGCCACAACAUCUUCUUCCUCAACAUCAUCAUCCUCCUCUUCUGAGCCUUCUACAUCUAUGUCCCUGCCCACCCACUCUCCAUUCUUUUGGCAUGUUGAGCGAGACUGCUGCACCUGAGAUUAGAGAAAAAGAAAAACGGGACUUAGAAAGACACUCAGGAACAGAGAACAAAGAAGAAAACAUGAAGUGAUUUGAGAACUACUGUAUGUCAUUGCCAAACACUGGACCCUACAUGCUGAGGAAAAUUGACAGAUUCUGAAUCUUGGACAGUGUACAAAAAUUAUUUUCACUUUUUGACAGUGGCCUCCAUUGGGCUGACCUUACUAAGUUUUCCUGCUGACCCUGAGGAAUACAAGGGGGUGUGUUCCUUUAUCUAAAAGGGAUGUCUCCAUAAGAUUUGCAGCAAAGUCAACCACCUCCCUCUCAUCAACCACUGCACCCUUACCCAAGGGGAUAGCUUUCUACUCUUCUCCGGGUGGCAUGCGCUUCAAGACGUAAAUGUGGCUCUUCAUCUUAACACUUUCUGUAAUGUGAAUGUGUUACACAUGACGAUGUAUUAAUGUUUUGCAAAAGUUAGACUGGUGCCUCUAAUGAGCAAACAAAAGGGCAUUUUUUUGGCAGGGAGGUUAUAAAAGCAAGAUCCCUGCUGCUGUGUGCAGAUCGCUGAUGAUUUAUUUGUUUAAUCAUCUUUGGAUUAUUAGCUUUUUAUGGGCUUUGAAAAAAAUGUAUUGUAAUGUCAGUAUAAUUCACCUGUGUAAAGUCCCAUGUCCCCUCAGUUAUUUAAUCAUUCCAAUAAACACUACAAAUUCUCACACUUUAAAUGGGACUCUAAACAAAUGAGAGGUAUUUCCUAUUUUCUUUUUUUUUUAGGGGGGGUAAGGUAAACUAACCCAAGAUUCUUACUGUAUGUUUAACUGGCAUUGUCUUCUUGGUUGCCUAACAUUUUGUUCUUUGUAUUGCAGCUAGAUUUUUCACCCACAUUUAUCAAAGUCAGUUUAAGAUUUUGUAAUAUAAUGUCCAAAACAAUAUUUGUUCAAAUAGCUCUAGACCUAUCUCCUCCUCAACUCUUAAAGUCUCACCUAGAAUCUCUGCAAAAACUUUCAUUUUACAGGUUUCUUGUAGCAAUCUAACAAAACUAAGAUGACUCAACAGCUAUUUGCUUCCCUUGAAUGUCACAGAACACAAAAGUAUUACAUUUUGUAACUUACUGUUGGCAUUCAGUGAUAUAGUGGUGCAACUUUUGGAGAAUUCCACUGGCGUACGCCCAUUUCUACAGCACCUCAAUUGAGGUGGGCCUUGAAAUGUGCCCUAUAGGUUUCAGAUUAUGAUUGCAAGAUUGACUAUUACUAUUGAUCUUUUUAUCUUCUCUCAUACUAUCAUGGAUUAAUCAGCUAAAGUGUUAACAGCCUGAUAUCAUUAUUAUGUAGAUUGUGUGAAAAUAAAUGGUUAACUGGAUUUCUUUUAACAAGAGGCCAGGCGUGGUUAAACUGAACUGAAGAGUUACAACUUCUAAACUGCUCAUCUAGUCAAGAUUGCUUUUGUCUUUAGUUGUCAUUAUUUACUUCUUUUGAAUGGCCACAGGUGUGAUUGAGCCAUUGUUGGACAGGUAUGAAUGUUUGCAAUGACAAGCAAAUUGAUAUAUAUAAAUACACAUAUAUGUAUAUAUGUGUGUGUGUGUAAAGUAUGUAUUUUUAUGUUUUUCCUUUUAAACAUGAUUCAUUGGGGUCAUUGGAGUGACCAGUGGUGCCAUUUUGUAAAUACAGCAGAGGAAGCACUGUGUGAUCCUCAGUAAGCUUCCUAUCAUUAUUGCGAUAUCAUUGUGAGAACAGUAAAAACCAGUUCAAGAUACUCAAAUGUUGCCGUCACUUUGAUCAUUUGAUUUUCCACCAUUUUGCCUGUGCUUAAAACUACCGGGUUUGUGUUUGUAAGAGUGUAUUUGUUGUCUUUAAAAAAUAUUGAAGGUACAUUUUUGUCAUAAUUUCAAAUAAACUUAAAUAAAAAUGUAAUAAGUGUAUGCUAUUAAAGUUAAUGCCUUUUUACACUAAAGAGGCAAAGUAUCAAGCACAACUGGAAAAUUAUUUUUAGUGUGGCCUUUUCGAUGCUAUAGAAAAUUAAACUGGACCAGGUUAACAGUUACAAGAAGCCGUUUGUGAAGUUGUACAAUGAUUAUGGUUUUAAAAUACCUUCACAUAUUGAACAGGUUUGACAUAAUCUUUGCUCAUGUGCAUUUUGUAUAAUCAGUCUCUUCCUUUUGUUCACAGACUCUUCCCAUUGCUCUUAGGUAAAGGUUGCCCCCUUUACUACUAUGUCCUUCUGCUUCAAAUAUCAUGGUGUAGACAGGUUAUCCUUCUCCAGUGGCUUGGUGACCUAAGCAUUUAAUCAACUAAGAUAUUAGUGUGUAUAAUAAA